UUCAAAAUGGCGAUGACAGUUGCGUAUGUAUUAUCCAAAGUUCCCACUCGCAGUCUAGUUCACACUCUUCCCACUGGAAGCUAGUUAUAACACCAUAACACCCAACACCACUUUUUGUCGUCCUAAUUAUUUAUCAACAACAAUGUCAUUAAACAGUCACAGUGGUUGCUGCAAGUCGCACUAAUUACCUGCAAGAAUAAAAUGAAAACAGUCAACAAAAAUGGAGGUAAUAGAAUUAUUUGAUCGUCUAAAUGAAAGCCUGGACACGAGUUUUCCGUGGAAAUGGCUGACACCUUUGUUAGAGCGCUACGAAAUUUCGUCAAGAGUGAUAAUAAUUUCCCUGACGAGUCUCCUGGGGAUUUUGUUCCCUGAUCUUGUUUGUCAUCUUAAGAAAAUGGAAGAACAAGGAAUUUUUACCCGAGGUAAAAGAAUUUGUUGGUGUCAGCGGGAAGCCGAGGUUCAGAAAAAGAGACAAAGUGCUCUUCUACGGGAGGAAAAUGUUGAGGAAGGUCAAGAGCAUCAGUGGACAGGUAGGAAAAUUUUUAAGAGGUUAUUUUAGUGUAUU